UGUCAAACGACCGGUUCCUUUUGCCGUGUGUUUACAUAAUUUCGUCAGAACAUCCGAGCAGUGGUUCAAUUUAUCCAGGAAUAUCUCGGAACUCCUAAAAUGCCUCCCCAGCUUACGGAAAUUCCUCCUCAGCCAAAGACUCCCGAAGAGGAAGAAGUAUUCAAAAACCUGUGGUCGAUACGACCUUGCUAUCUUUACAACGAGGAAUAUGAUGAUUGUACGAGCAUUCGGGCACGAUUCCAUCAAUACUUUAUCCAUGGGGACAGCAUCGAUUGCAAUCAGUGGAAGCGAGAUUUCGACAACUGCAUCCGGUUCGAGCGGAAUCCGAAUGACACAAAGAGUGCACUUGAGCUGAUUGAGAGCGAAAAAGUGAGGCGUACCGAACGACUUGGAGCGCACUACGGAAACGAUGUGUGGAAGAAACGAGACAAGGUGCCGGAUGAUUGGGCUAAACCUCUGCCGGAGAACCUGCAGAAAGAGUAUGAGAAUUCGUAUUUAGAGCUGAAAGCUAAGGAACUUAGAGGGGAAGUCGAGCCUUCUAAAGAUGACGGUCGAACAAUGUGUGUAAUAAUGUAGUUUUGUGGAUGAAUAAGAUCUAGCUUUAUUGAAUUCUUAGCGUAUUAGAAUUGAUACAAAGAUGUAA